GGAAGACGCAAUGGAAGAAACAGGGGGAAAUACAUUUCUUGUUUUAUUUGGGACAGCAGAAAAAUAAAUAAUUUGAUAACUUCAUGAGUGAUGGAAAACGUUGUGGAAUCAUGUCCCAAGAACAUAACAGAGAUCGGAGAAUCCUCCAGGAGGUUGGGUUGUGGUCAGGAUCAGUAUGGAAACGAUCAGUACAUCUGUGUCCCUAACAUAGACAAAGCAGGGCUCAUAGAAUUAUGUUACAAUGGCAUCAUGGGGAUAAUAGAAAGGGGCAACUGUUUGAGGACUACAGAAGGACAACUCUAUCGCACCGGAUGUCUUCAAUUUUCAUCAGGCUGUCCAGACAUAGAAUAUAGGAGCAACAAGAUAUACUUAUAUCACGCCUGCCAGAACAUUAAUACACAAGACCGAUGUUAUUUUGCUGAACCCUCGUGUCCAAAUGCCACAGAGAGCAUCAGUACCGUGGACACUACAGAAGCAUCUAAUCUAGGGUUAUCGACAAUUCAAAGUAUUUACAACACAACAUCUUACAACGUAUCUGAAGGCACCUUUCCACAAGACUCCAACGAUUCUACAGAGGUUAUUGUUUGGAAUAUGGUUGCUGUUAUGUUUUUCAUCAUUUUGAUAUUGGCUGGUGUCCUUUGGAAACGAAAACAGAAAGACAAAAGAAGAACUCCCUCACUUGAUGAGAUCAACAUACAAUACAAAAAGGAAGAUAUAACAACAGAAACAGAUUGUAAAAGUUCGUUGCUGUCACACCACACAGAACUUACUGAUGCUAAUGAAUUUAACUAA